AUGAAGCUUCACUUGCUUUCCCUUCUUUCGUCCAUCGUGGUCGUCGGCGCAAGCUGGACGAAGAACAUUAAUUACCGGUCGCCGUCUGAACACUAUCCUUCUCUCGGCAUAUCCAUCCGCAAGGUCGUCAAGCGGAACGAUCCUCAGAGCCCGUGGGACCCAACGAAGCUCAACUUUACCCACGGUGUCGCUUCGGGCGAUCCGUACCCUGACAGCGUUAUCCUCUGGACGCGGGUUGGCCCAUCGUCGGACAAUGACAAGUCCAAUGUAACGGUUUCUGGUUAUGUCCAGCUUUUUGACCACGACAACGAGAAGUUCGUCUCUGUGUCGAAGGCGCCGGUCUGCGUCGAGUACAAGAUCGCGUCGGACAAGCAGCUCAGCAACGUCGCCGAUUCCGGGAAGGUCUACACUAGCAGCGAUGUGGACUAUACUGUGAAGAUCGAAGCCAAGAACUUGGAGCCUUACACGACGUACUACUAUCAGUUCAACGUGUGCAACUCCAACAACACGAGCCCAUUGGGGAGAACCAAGACAUCUCCUAAGGCCGACGACGACAUUACGAAAGUCGGUAUCGCCGUAUAUUCUUGCUCUAAUUACCCCUUCGGCUUCUUCAACGCGUACGGAAAUGCUGUGCGAAAGGACUCUGUUGACUACGUGGUCCACCUGGGUGACUAUAUCUACGAAUAUGCCAACGGAGACUAUGGCUGGGGCCAAAGCAUUGGGCGUGUCCCGCUACCAGAUAAAGAGAUCAUCUCCCUGUAUGAUUACAGGAAGAGGCUUGCAACCUACCGCACGGAUCUUGAUCUCAUCGCAAGCCACCAAAACUUCCCUUGGAUCCCAGUCUGGGAUGACCACGAAGUGGCAGACAACGUUUACCGGGACGGCACGUCUCACAUGAACAACACCGAGGAAAGUUUCAUAGAGGACGGCGGUGUCGUGUUCGAUCAACGCAAGAUGAACGCGGUCCGUGCAUACUUCGAGUGGAUGCCGAUCCGACAGGUUGAGAUGGACGACAAUCUGCGCAUUUGGCGUAGUUUUAGCAUUGGCAAGCUGUUCGAUCUCAUCAUGCUCGAUACUCGCAACUACGACCGCUCGAUCACGGAUUUGUACUGGAACACGGACUAUAUCCAUACAAUUUCUGAUGAUGCAGGUCGUUCACUCAUGGGUCCACGCCAGGAAUACUGGUUCUAUGAUGCGCUCUCCAAGUCUGCCGAGCGUGGAGCGACAUGGCGCCUCGUCGGCUCUCAGAUUAUCUUCAGCCGCAUCAAUGAAUCAGCAGCCUAUGGCGAUGAGAACCCGUUCGAUUACGACGCCUGGGAUGGAUACACGUCUAACAGAAACCGCACGCUCAGCCAUUUGUACAACAACGGCAUUGGCAAUAAUAUCUUCCUCGCAGGUGAUAGCCACGCUUCGUGGGUCAGUGACCUCGUCUGGCUCGGCGAGAAGUCUUAUGACAAGGAGACUGGAGAGGGAAGUAUCGGCGUCGAAUUUGCCGGCAGCGCUGUCACCUCUCCCUGCCCGUAUGGCGCCAACAUCUCGCUCGCGCAGGCGAACAACUACUCCACCUGGCUGCAGAACGCCAACGAUGAGCUUCAAUGGCAGGACCUGUACUACCGCGGGUACUACGAGCUGCACAUCAGCAAAGAUGAAGUGCAGGCGAGCUACUUUGGCAUGCCGACGGUCGUGAGCAGGAAUGGCUGGGAGAUCUCCCUUGCCAACUUUACUGUGAAAAGCGGAGCGAAUAAGCUGCAGCGACCGGUGGGCGGUGGCGUGGUCGAGGGCGGCAGCUUAAAGGGAGGCAAGACGGUGCAGACUAAUGCCACUCUCGAUACAGGGAAUGGCACAUGGUUUGUGAGCUAUGCUGACCUGGCAGUCCUGUAA